AUGAUUUUCAUUAUCUUCUUCUUCUUUUGGAUAAAAACUCAUGUCAAUGCUAAUGAGAUUUCAUGUCAACCAAUUUCAAUUAAUUGUAAUGAAGGGUUUACAGGAGAGAAUUGUCAAUUUUUAGAGAUUAAUAAAGAUUUUCAUAUUACUGGAGAAUGUGAUAAGUUAAUGAAAGGAAUUGACCAAAUUAAAAUAUCAAAGAAUUGUACAAUUGAAAUAGACAAAGACAUUACCAUUCAACAAAAAAUAAUUGUAGAACCUAAUAUUCAUGUUAUUUUAAUGAACUAUAGUAUUAUUAAAAAUCAAUUUAUUAUUGAAAGAGAUAGUGUAGUAGAAAUUCCACAAAUAGAAAUUAAACAAAGUAAAGUUGUUGUUAAAGGAACAUUAGAAGUGAAAGGAAAUGUUAUUAUUGAAGAGAAUUCAACACUUGAAAUUAACAAUAAAGGACAUUUUAAUGUUAAACAAGGAAAAGUUGUAUUAAAAUCAAAUGGGUUAUUUAUUAAUGGAAAGGAGAGUGAGGUAAUUAUCUUUGACAGUUUAAUAGGAUAUGAAAAUUCAUUAAUUUACUUUAAAGAAGGAAGUCAUUUAGUUAUUAAGAAUCAACUUGAAUUAUAUGACAAUACUAUACUUACAAUAGAAAGAAAAUGUAUUAUUAAAGUUAAUGGAUAUUUUGUUAAUAUAUUUAAUAAUGGUCAAAUUCAUAUUGGUUCAUUGAGUUUAUUUGAAUGUCAGAAUCUUUAUGUUUAUGGUACUUCUACUAUUUCUAUUGAAGAUAAAGCUAAAUUAAUAACUAAUAAUAUUUAUGUAUUUCAAACUCCACAAUUAAAUAUUAAAAAUAAUGUUUAUAUUGAUGUUAAGGAAUAUAUAUCAUCAUAUUCAAAUGCUGUCAUUGAACUAGGAAUUAAUAGUACUAUUAAUGCAUCAACUAUAUUUUUGUUAUAUAACACAACAUUAAAUACUGGAGAAUCAACAAUAUUAUCAUCUAACUCAUUCGAAUUAAGUGGAGAGUCUUUGCUAAAAAUUGGAAAGAAUAGUACAAUUAGUAUUUCAGGUC